GGUUGCGUGGCUGCGCAUGCCGCCCGUCGAGGACGACUACUGCUUCCCCUCGCCGCAGGCUGCUGCGGCGGCGGCCGCGGCCGUGGGCGACAGCUCCGAAUCCUAGCAGAAGCCGGUCUUGGGCAUGGCGUCUGAGCUGGCCACGAUGGAGCUUGUGCGCCAGCACACCAGCAUCCCAAUCCCACAGGUCUACGGCUUCGAGCUUGGCCUGGGCCCCGAGAACCCCGUCGGGUGCCCCUUCUUCCUGCUCGGGUACAUCCACGGCAGCACAGCCGAGCACGUGUCGCGCGCGCAUGUUGACGUGGCCGGUAUAUUUGACCAGACGUAUUACCUACUCCGUCUGCCGAGCCUCGGGCACCGGCGUGUCGGGGCACAGACCCAGCGCCUGCUCGGCCGGAAACCGCCCGCCAGAGACAGACCCCUUUUCGACCAGGUCGCGGAUGUGCUGGACAAAGGUCACGGAUGUCGCGGAUGUACUGGACAUGGGCCGUGUCGGGAACCUAGACUUGUACAGAUUGCGGCUGACGUGGAGUCAUAUUGCGUCUUGGUUGCUGCACAGUUGCUCAGGGUCGUCCACGACAUCAGACCCUGAGCCGAACUCGGCGCUGAGAGACUCCGCCAUAGCAGGUGCGAAACCCCCACGGCCGACAAUCCAACUCAGCCCACAGCCGUCUGCUAGGCCUGCUGCAGCGAGCAAGACAUGAACUCCCUGGUGGCGUCGACGCCCAUGUAGCUGCAC